GUGGCCAAGCGGAGCGCGGCCGGCAGAACGCAGGGCGGCGGCGCGAUGGCUCCGGUCGUGGACCUCGAGGGUUACUGGGGUCCCCCGACUUCCACGCUGGACUGGUGCGAGGAGAACUACGUUGUGACCCGGUUCAUCGCCGAAUUCUGGAAUACAGUGAGUAACCUGAUUAUGAUCAUACCUCCACUUUUUGGUGCAGUUCAGACUAUUAGAGAUGGAUUGGAAAAGCGGUACAUUGCUGCUUAUUUAACACUUACAGUGGUAGGAAUGGGAUCCUGGUGCUUCCACAUGACUCUGAAAUAUGAAAUGCAGCUGUUGGAUGAACUCCCAAUGAUUUACAGCUGCUGUAUAUUCGUGUACUGCAUGUUUGAAUGUUUCAAGAUGAAGAACUCAGUAAAUUACCAUCUGCUUUUUACCUUAGUUCUAUUCAGUUUAAUAGUAACCACAGUUUACCUUAAGGUCAAGGAGCCUAUUUUCCACCAGGUCAUGUAUGGAAUGUUGGUCUUUACUUUAGUACUUCGAUCUAUUUAUAUUGUUACAUGGGUAUACCCCUGGCUUAGAGGGCUGGGUUAUACGUCGUUGGGUAUAUUUUUAUUGGGAUUUUUACUUUGGAACAUAGAUAACAUCUUUUGUUAUUCAUUGAGGAACUUUAGAAAGAAGCUGCCACCUAUUCUUGGCGUUAGCACACAGUUUCAUGCAUGGUGGCAUAUUUUAACAGGACUUGGUUCUUAUCUCCACAUCCUUUUCAGUUUAUAUACAAGAACACUUUACCUGAGAUAUAGGCCAAAAGUAAAGUUUCUCUUCGGAAUAUGGCCAAUGAUUGUGCUUGAGCAUCUCAGGAAUCACUGAUGAAUUAUUUUACCAAGGGGAAAAAAUGCCACCUCCCAUACAUAGUCCUGGAAGGAUAUAUAAGAAAGUCCAGAAGACCUACACACUCAGAUACAUCGUGACCAUCAUCGCAACAGAGGAGAGACUUUGUAACUAAUGCUGCCAGCCCCAUGGAGAAUGAGGAAUGUGCCUGAUGGGUGAUCAGCUCCUAGCUUUAGCUCAUUUUUCCUCAUCUUCAUCCUAAGAUGUUUAUAAAGAAACAAAUAUGAUGUGUGAUAUUCAAGAAUGCCUGGGAAAUUUGGCUUUUCUUAACAGCAGUCUUUGGAAAUUAAUCUUUUUCUCUCUCUCUCUCUUUUUUUCUUACAAGGGUUGCAUGUGAGCUAUAACUUUCUUAAUAUUCAAUUAAUGAAAACAGCUAUCAAGGACUGGCAAACUCCCAUAUCUGGAUGCCAGCACUUAGCUGCAUCAGCCUUGAUUUAUACUGUUGUCAUAUUAACCAUUAACCUCAUAGAUAGUUUUCCAGUAAGUUUUUUUAAAAGAGCUAAUUGUGGAAUUCUAGGCAUUUCUUCUCUGUCCUGGUGCCUGUUGAAGUUACAUAGCAAACUCUGGCCUGCCACUGGAUUCUAUUCUUUUCAAUUCCCAGCAUUUACUGUAGGCUCCAGUCUGUGUGGCAACACAGCCAGAGUGGAUGGAUUAUCUAGUAUCUUUUCUCAAGCUCCACAGACUGUCCCUCCAGUCAGCAUUCUGUAAAUUCUGGCUGCUUUGUAAAGAUCUUUUAAGUUGUCUAUGUUUUUAUGGCUAGGCCAAUAUUAUUGGUGAUCUAGCCUACUCACAUCCCAUCCUUCUUAGUUAACUUGAAGUUAUCAGAGAAUAUCAUAAAACGCUGACUUUUUUACAUUUUGGGAUAUUUACCUGUUCUCAGAGAGGUCAUAGUUAUUCCUAGGGAAGUAUGUCAGGUUAACUAGAUGAAAUGGUCAGGAUCUAAAGCUUUAUUACAUAAAACUCAUUAAAAUACCUCCUCCUCCAUUUUUUGAGGGAAAUAUAUAUAUAUAUAUAUAUAUAUAUAUAUAUAUAUAGAAAUAGCUCAGACUUAUAACAUAUAUCUAAAAGUUACAAUGCUAAGAAACAUCAGUGCUUUGAAUGUUUAGGAAAUUCAAUCACUUAUCAAACAAAAAGACAUUCACUGCUUACAUCUUGAGCUACAGCUUCAAAAGGAAAAAGUUACAAAAGUUGAUAAUGUAUUUCAUUUUUACAAUAUUCAGUAAGUAGCCCUAGUAAAUGAAAGGGAAAAAAAUGUUUCCUUCACCUGUUAGCCUUAGUUUUAGUCCAAGUCCUAUUUUCCUGCACUUAACAUCCCAACAUCCAACAGGUAUUUCCACCUGCUUUUAUAUUUUUAAAAACCACUUGCCAAAACAAAUCUAACAGAACUUUGGAUGUGCUUAGGAGAAAAUAAAACCAAACAGUUCCAAUGUACUCCAUAAAAAUGCUUUUUUUUAAUGGAAAAUUCUAACUUCAUAUAUUGCUACAUUCACUUGCAACUACUUUGGACUGUCACUUUUUAAUGAAUGUUUUGUUUGGUUUUUGUUGAUCAUGGGGCUUGAAGUCAGGUUCUAUCUCUGAACUUUCUGUU